CGCCAUGCUGGGCCUGCUUGCUGCCUUGGCCUAGCAGCCGUUUUGCACCCAAGCUAUGCCGACAAGCAACCCUAAAAUAGCCAUUUGCCUCCGUAGUUCCUCCCCGAUGCUUGUUUGCUCUUACACAGCUGAAAAUAGGUUGGUGAAGUUCUGUCUCCUGCGCCGAUCGUGGUCGCGGUGUGGUCCUAGUACUCCUGCUACACUCGAAUAAUUAAACACCAUGGCGGGUUACGCGGCGGCGUUGCUCGUGCUGCGCGAGCAGUUCAAGCUGCCAGCGCUCGUCGCGUUCGCCGCCCACGUCGUGUACAUGCGAACUCUGCUGGGCAUCCGUGCGGCGCGCAUCAAGCACCGCAUAUUUGCGCCCGCCAUGUCCGGCAACCCCGACUUUGACCGCGUGAUCCGCGUGCAGGCCAACUUCGUCGAGCAGUUCCCGGCAUUUAUCACGUCCAUGUUCCUCUGCGCGCUCUUCCAAAGCGGCACAGUAGCGGCGGCCCUAGGCGCGGUGUGGGUGGUGUUUCGUGCCGCGUACGGGGAGAGGUACGGCGCUCGGAAGCUGGGAUAUGAUAUUUACUGGUACACGGGCCCGCAAUACGCCGCCAUUGGCGUCAUGUACAUUCUGCCGCUGCUUAGCAUCAUCCCCACUCUGCUAUAGGAGUAUGCUCUGUCAGUUGCUCAAACGAGCGACAACCUACAGAAUUCUCAAAAAUACCCUACAGA